CCCGCUGCCGCGAUCAGAGGGGGGCCCGCACCGUGCGCCCCGUCGGGGCGGGCAGCGGCGGGGGAGGACCGGGACGAGCCGGACCGGGCUGCCCCCUCCUCGCCGCGCCCGCGGGCGGUGCCGCCGCCGCCGCCGCCGCCGCAGGUAGCGGGGCCCGGCGGGGCGGGCGGCCCCCGGGGCGCGGCGGGGGGGCUCCGCUUCCUGCCCGGCCCGCGGCCGCCCCCGGCGGGGGAGCGGGGCCGGCGCGGUUCCCCGCCCGGCUCCCCGCCCUUCCUGCCGCGGCCGCGGGACGCGCCGCCCGCGGGCACGGAGCGCGGCGGCGGCGGCGGGCGGAGCGGGGCGCGCCCGCCCCAUGCACCGGAGCCAUGGGGGCGGGCAGCCCCGGGGCCCUGGCCGCCGCGCCCCGGCCGGCGCCCAGGCGGGCAAGGGUGCCCCGCGCUCGCCCGGCGCAUGGAGCCGCAGCCUCCCUCUCCCGCUCUCUCCAUCAAGGUGAUGCCGCCGGAGCCGCUGCCCAAGGGGAGCGCCCGCUGCCUGGACCCGCACUCCCGCGCCAUGUCGCAGCCCGACGGGGAGCCUCUGCCUGGAGCCCUGGAAAAGGAGGACGCCCGCUCGGCGCCCAGCACCCCUUCCACGCCGUCCGUCUGCUCCCCGCCAUCCUCUUCCUCCUCCACGCCGUCGGCCGGCAAAAACGUCUGCUCCAGCUGCGGGCUGGAGAUCCUCGACCGGUACCUGCUGAAGGUGAACAACCUCAUCUGGCACGUCCGGUGCCUGGAGUGCUCCGUGUGCCGCACCUCGCUGCGCCAGCAGCACAGCUGCUACAUCAAGAACAAGGAGAUUUUCUGCAAGAUGGACUACUUCAGCCGCUUCGGUACCAAGUGUGCCCGCUGUGGCCGGCAGAUCUACGCCAGCGACUGGGUGCGGCGGGCGCGGGGCAAUGCCUACCACCUGGCCUGCUUCGCCUGCUUCUCCUGCAAGAGGCAGCUCUCCACCGGCGAGGAGUUCGGCCUGGUGGAGGAGAAGGUGCUGUGCCGGAUCCACUACGACACCAUGAUCGAGAACCUCAAGCGAGCGGCAGAGAACGGCAAUGGCAUCACGCUGGAGGGGGCUGUGCCCUCGGAGCAGGACAGCCAGCCCAAGCCAGCCAAGAGAGCCCGCACCUCCUUCACCGCCGAGCAGCUGCAGGUCAUGCAGGCACAGUUUGCUCAGGACAACAACCCCGACGCACAAACGCUGCAGAAGCUGGCGGACAUGACAGGGCUGAGCCGGAGAGUCAUUCAGGUUUGGUUUCAAAACUGCAGAGCCCGCCAUAAAAAACACACCCCGCAGCACACGGUGCCGCCCUCGGGAGCGCCCCCGUCCCGCAUCCCCUCCUCGCUGGCCGACGACAUCCACUACUCGCCCUUCAGCAGCCCCGAGCGGGCCCGGAUGGUGACCCUGCACGGAUACAUCGAAAGUCAGGUACAGUGUGGACAAGUGCACUGUAGACUUCCCUACACUGCUCCACCAGUGCACCUCAAAGCAGACAUGGAAGGACCACUAUCUAACAGGGGUGAGAAGGUCAUCCUCUUUCAGUACUGACUGCGGGGACUCUUCCUCACGUGCCCGUGGCCGUGCCAGCACCGCUGCCCCUCGGCUGACAGCGCCCGGCCCCGGCAGCGGCCGCGGUCCCUGGGAGGGCUCGGCCCCAGCGCCCGUCCCUCCCGCUGAGCAGCACCUCUGACUUCUCCAGCGACACUCUGUGUGUGUGUGUGUUGAGUGCACAGUUACAUUUUACACUUGUUUCUUGUGGACUUGUAGAAUGAGCGUGAGUCUCUCCAAGGCAGUGCCAGCCACAGUCAAAACUGGUGACUCUGCUGUGCUUGCAAGUCUUGCUCCCAAACCCACGGGAAUGUGAACAGCCCGGAACACGCUGAGCUCAGGGGGGUCGGUGAUCACCUCUGAACACAAAGGAAGGAGGAAUUUUCGUGGUUUGGCCUGAUUCUCUCUUUGCACCAGUGAAGCAGUUCCUGGACAUCCCUCCUUCUUUCCACUCGCAUGUGUGAAAUCUGAAAUUGGCUUUUUGGCUCAGCAACUCGAUGUAUAGACAGACCUUCCUGAGCCAAACUCGCAGGUAGCUGAGACUCCACUGAGUGGAAAACAUGAUGCCAGCUGGAAAUAGGCAGUUUUACUUCCUCCUCAAAGUGCUUUAGAAUCACAUGUCCUUUGAUCACUCAAAGGUAAGUAAAUCUUAGUGUUUUUCCCCCCGUUUUAUAGGAGGGGAAGCAGAGAUGUCCUAAACUGAGAGGAACCAUGAGGGUUGGUGGCAGAGCCAGGUUUAGCACCCUGAAGUUUUUGAUUGCUGACUUGUUCUUAGAACACUGAAUAUCUCUCUCCUCUCACAGCCAUCUGCCAAAUCUUUUUUUUUUUUUAAGUUUUUUUAGUCUCAUUCUUUAUUAACAAGCUACUUAAUUUCCUUGGAGUCAUAUUGGAUCACAAAUGGGUGAUUUCAGAAUGCACCUACAGAAAACUCUCAGACAAUCCAUACUCUAGGACUGGGAAAUGCUUGAUGGAAGGUGGUCAUAAAGGUGUAGAAAUGUUCUGCCCUGCUGUGGACUCAAGUUCAGUCAGUGGAAAGAGUUGGGUAGAAACUGGAGACCAGUUAAAAAGAUGAAAGCCACAGUAAGGCCAGCAGGAACCAUCGCUGGGCAAGUGGACAGCAAGGGGAUGGCAUCUUCCUUUGUCUGGCAGCAUGGCUCUGAUCCCCUCUGCCCUCCUGGCCUCCCAUGCUGGGGUGGGGCUGCUGCUCCUGCCAGGCCCUGGGAUGAGGGUGCAUCCCAGGAGAAUAGCUGGGCUCACGGCAACAGCACAGGAGGUGCUCAGCAGCCUGGCCCCAAGUCAGGAAAAGGACUCCAAAACGAUCCCAUCCUUCACUGAUGGUAACAACGAAAGCUAAACAAGAGCCCUCUGCCAGCCCUUCUCAGUUUGCACCGAGCCAAGAGCAGGUCUGAAACAAAACCUCUCUCCACGCAAGCACAUGGGCCUGUCCUGCUGUGAAGUGUCUGUGAGGCUGCUCUUCCAAGAAUGUGAAAGCCUACCCUGAGCCACAGCCAGUGAGGGAUGUGACUGAGCCGUGCCCGAGGAGCAGGAGGUGGGAAUCCAUCUGUUCCAUGACUCGUUUUUAAUUGGAGCUGUAGACACACGUGUUUUCCUCUCCGGGAGACCCUGCAUCAAUCUGUGGCAUGGGCCAGGUGGGCAACCAUCCCACUGCUCUGGCCAGCCCACGCUGCACACGUGGGGAGCCUUCUGCCCGUGUCCCUGAGCUCCGUGUGACACCAGCAGCCAGACACGUGGCUCCACUGACCUCGAGGAACGCUCCAGGAGCAGCGUGGGGACAUGGGCACGUCUGCUGAGGUGGCCACGGAGAGCUCUUGGCUUGAGCAGCAGCUGAGUACAGCACACUUUGGUGUUGGUUGGAACAAGUCCACACACACAUCCCCUCCUGUGUGUGUCCGUGCACUGAGGGAUGGUUCUACCUCGGACAGCUGGGCCAGGGGCUGUCAAACUGCAGCCAGCAGCUCUAGUCCCAGUUCAAAACAACCUUUGAAAGGAGAGAGGGGAAUUAAGUCCACAGAAUGUUAUUGUCACCUCCAGCUGUGGGAGUGACCAUUUCCAGAGUGUGACCAGUGACGACCUGACUGGAGCCACCUCUGCAGAGGCGUCCCUUGGGGAGGGGACAGUCACCAUUGCACCAGGUGCAUCCUUUUUGUCCUUUUCACAGCAAGGAGGGAAGGAUGAGAGUUCCUUGGCUGGCUGUUGGUGAGUGUUUGUCAUCACAGGUUGAGGUGGUUGCUGUGCCAGCCUUGAGAUGCUCGUGGGGGCCGGGGGGUCACCGGGGCCUGACUUUGUUCUCCAUUUGUGCUUGCACAUCCUAAUGACCAUUUAGUUGUGGAAUUAGUGCCAUAAAGGAACGGGUAGUUAUUCCAUGUGACACAGAAGGAGAGAUUCAGGCUGUAACUUGCCCUGACAUCCCACAGUGUCCGAGAUUGCCACAACUGUUCUGUUGAGGGAGAAAAGGGUUUGAUGUGUUUCUCCCUUCUGUCUUGGCAAUGCAGUGAAAGGGAAACUAUGAAAUAUGUAUCUGCUAAAUACCAGCUCCAUCAGAAAACCCCCCCUUGGGAGAUGUCCUGGGUAUCCAAGGUUUGUAAGCAGUGCCACGGCAGGGCCCAGGGAAUGUCGGUGUUUCUCUCCAGGGAUGUGGGCUCACCACAGACUGUGCUCGGGGCACUUCCCCCCAUAAGUAGCCAGGAGCAGCUUUGCUAAUUCAGAAAUCAGGCUCUGUUUAUAUUAAGCCCAAAUUGUUUGCAAAAACUGGAAGCAAUUCAGCUUGUGCAGUUUUAGAGCUAAUUAUGUGUAUGGAAAAUACUCAACUGUACCAAGAAUGUAAGAAAUCUUCUAAUUUAUUCAAUACAUUGUUUCACAACAUAUUUCACACUGACUGUUGCCACUGAACCAAACCUUAUCUCAGGUCAUUUGCAUUCAUCUCCUGUCUGUGGAUUUAAAAAAAAAAAUAAAAUUAAAGUCAUUCUCAUUUUCUUAGUUUAUUCAGUAAUUGCCAGAUGGGUUCUGGUGCAGCAAUGCAGACUCCGCGCACUAAACUUUUCCAGUUGCUAUUUAGAAACCCUUUUGCAGACAGAAUCCACUGAAGACAGCCAGUGAAAGGCUCUUCACUCCAGUUUAACACGGGGACUAACAGAGCUCGGCUCUGGAAGUGGGAUGGUUGCAGGUUUUAUCAGCAGUGAUUUUUUCUGGCUCACGCUGGUUAACCCAAUGCCCGAGCUAAAGGUGCUUACAGAACUCACUCGUUGGGACAGGGAGUGGGAACCAAUCCUGCACUACUAUCAGUGAUUUAUCUGUAGGAUGCCAACUAAACACCAGUUUUAUUCCAUCUGCCAAUCAUUUUGUUGUAGCAUGUUGCAAUUCUGCAUGUCUUGGCUACAAUGGUUAAAAAAAUUUUUUCUCUGAAUGAGUGGACAGUCAAGACUAAUAUUUAUUUUAAAAAAGUAAAACAAAAUUGUAAGCACUUUUUGUAAAACCAAUGUCUGUUUUGUUACAUACUUUUAAUGUUGUGCUUUGUAAAUGUCUUAUUUGUGUAAUAAAUAAAGUUAAUGCAAGUAGAA